AUGGCUAAUACAGAUCCGGUCCCAUUUCCAGGCCCUUCGUCGCCUGAGAGAUUGAACAUUUCACCUACCACUUCGCAUACUAUUGAACGUAGGAGGAGACGAUCUUCUUCGUUGAUAUCAAAGGUCGAACCGGAGACAUUUGAAACUAAGCAAGACCAAGAUAUUGAGGAUAAUAUGAACGCGAAUUGGGUGCAUUUUAAAGGUGCUUGGAUCAUUCAUGUUGUCAUUAUCAUGCUAUUGAAAGUGUUCUACGAUUUGGUGCCAAUUUUCAGCAAGGAAAUGAGUUGGACGCUUACCAACGUCAGCUAUUCCAUUUGCUCUUACAUAAUGUUCCAUCAGAUAAAAGGUACUCCUUUUGACUAUAACAAUGGUGCUUUUGACAAUCUCAAUAUGUGGGAGCAAAUUGAUAACGGCGAUCAAUUUACUCCCGUUAAGAAGUUUCUAUUGGGAGUGCCAAUUGCUCUCUUUUUGAUUUCUACUCACUACUCCAACUAUGAUCUCACUCUGUUUGUCAUUAACCUAGUUGCCUGCUUGUUUGUGGUUAUUCCAAAAUUGCCUUACAGCCAUAGAGUGAGAAUAAACAUUCCUUAUCUCACGGAUCAACAGAUCAUCAGUUGA